AUGAGUGUACAAGCUUAUAUAGAAGAUAAAUAUAAAGGUAUUGUGUUAAGAUGUGAAGCAUUGGACAAUAUAGUCGAAUUAAUAAGUGAUGAAAAGGAUUUUUCGUUAAAAUGGAAAUCUAAGAUUGACGAAUUUAUACUGAAUAGUGACUUAAGAUCGAUAGCUACAAGUAAUUUGGUAGCUUUAAAUGAAUCUAAGGAGAUAAUAUGCAAAGAUCUGAUUUUCAUGAUUAUUAAUAUAAAGGAUUGCAGUUUACCAAAACAUUUCGAUUUUUCUGAUUUAAACCCAUAUGAAAUUGAUGAAAAUGAUACUGUUAAUAACGAAUAUGACCUAAAAAGUGGGUCUAAAACUACAACACAUAAUAAAGGUAGAACAAGGACACUUCACUUAACUUUGACAAAUGGUCUUACUUCUUCUAAGUCAGAUAUGAUUAUUAGUGCUAUUGAGUAUGAAAGAGUAGAUGCACUGUCCUGUGAUUUAAUGCCUGGUACAAAGAUUUUGCUUUAUGGAGAAAGUGAUGCAAGAUCUAAUAGUGUAACUAGAUAUAGUGAAAAUAAAACAUUGAAGAUGCAAAAUGGUAUAUUAUUACUAAAGCCAUGUAAUGUUAAAGUUAUUGGUGGUAUUGUUAACUCAAUUAUUGAAUCUUGGAGGACGAAUAUGUUACUAGCUUCAUAUAGAACUAAAAAUAGCAUAGUAACAUCUAGGAAUAUAAACUCAAAGCCUCCAAAAUUUACUCCUUAUACUGAUAAUAUGAAGAAAUUGCAGGAAUUACUUAAUGAGGCUAAAGUUGCACAAGAAAUCUAUAAGAAAUCAAAAUACACUCAACAUGAUAAUAUGGCAAAAGAAGCCAGAUUUAAUAUUGAAGAUUUUCAUAAGAAAGUCAUAAAUAACAAUGUUAUAGAUGAAGAUGAGCAAUCUAAGAAAAUACAUUCUCCAAAUAAGACAACUAAUAGUAAUAAUGUAGAAAAAUCUGAUAAUACUAUAAUUAGGAAUAACAAUACUAAUAAAUCUAUAACAGUGGACAAGUUUAGAUUAUCAGCAAAAAAAAAUAAAGAUAAGAAAAGUGAUUUAUUAAAAUCUAAGAAAGACAACAAAAACAUAUAUGAUGAUGAUCCCGGUGCACCUGUCAGAUUUAAUAGAGGUAAAGAAAAAAUUGACUUAGAGGCUAAGAAAUUUAUAAAAACUACUAAGACUAGUGUUUCACUUGCUGAUCACCUAUUUGCAAAACUUAGUAUUGAUGUAAAGCAGAUUAGUGAGAUUACUAAGUUACAGAAUCCAAUUAAUACAAAGAAUAUAGAGUUCGAGGGAUCUACAGAUAAGAAGACAGGAAAAGGAACCAUACAAAAAACUAAAUAG